ACCCGAUCAUGCCGCCAGUAUCUACCAUUGAUCUUCUAUCAACCGAGCUUUUACAUUUCCGUAUGACAAUGCCUCGCGAAGGGAGCGUCUGGGGCUCUCUUUCGUCGAGCCAGAGCUAUUGCCAGACAUUGGGGUCAGUCAAACCCAGAGGUUAGUUUUCCAGUCGACAUAGUCUAGGAAUAACCCUGUACGACGUUGUCAACGUCACGCCAAAGUUUCAGCGUGCUCACAUGGACGGUAUCAUCAUCCGGGAUCCGGUGGCCCAUAUCAACAUUACCAUCCAAUAUAACCUGGUUGUGGGUACCGUGGCCUCGGGGGCGUUCCUGCUGAAUGAGGUUGGCCAUGGAUGCGAUGCAAGAAAUUUAGAGACCACUGCUUCGUGGCAGCCAGACGGCAAAUUCACCUUGAAUACACCGAACGGAAAUGCGGCCAAGUUCAUGCCACCGUCCAUGCCCAUAGCGGGGACCCCACGAGUUGCGCUUGUCAUGGCACGCCUACUCGUCGAGGGAGAAGAUCGAGGAAUCCGACCGUUUGUGGUUCCUAUCAAUGAUGGCUACCGGAUGUGCCAAGGUGUUAAGCUGCUUUCGGCAAUCGGGUGCGGAGACAUGUUUGACCAUAGUCUCACAACCUUCGACAACGUUCGGCUAGAAGCAAGUGCCAUGCCCGGGGACCUCGCAAAGCCAGAUGACCUGCGUCUUGCGUUCUUGGCGGUCAUUGGCCGGCUCAGGAUCGGAGCUCUAGCGCUGAGCCUAUGGAUUAUCCCUUUCCUGAAGACUGCUGCGUUUAUCGCGGGAAAGUAUAGUCAACAGCGUACAGUCCAGGAGGGGGUUCAUGGGGAAAGAGUUCCAUUCCUGACUUUCAGGAAUCAGCAACUACCGAUCGCACGUGCCCUCGCCAAAAUCGCCGUGAUGGAGCCAUUUGUGGAGUGGGCUGCAUCCCAACAAAACAAUUCUUCUCUGAGCAUCAUGUCCAGGCAUGCGCUGAGUGUCGUGCUGAAAGCCACGUUCAUAGCCAAUGCCCAAGAGAGCCUCGGCGCUCUCCUAGAGAGGACUGGUGCGCAGGGGAUGUUUCCUGAGAACCAGAUAUCGAAUGAAGAGUCUCUGGUGCGAUGUACGAGCACUGCAGAAGGGGAGCUCCUGGUCCUCUGCAUCCGCCAUGCCACUGAAAUCCUCCUUGGGCCUUCUCGAGUGCCCAAAGCAGAAAACCCCCCGUCGUUGCUGGCGGAGCAUGAGGGAGGUAUCAAUGCAGGAUUGCAGGAGCUUCUCAAGACCUUUGAAGGCCAUAGGAGUGCCGGUUAUAACAAAUACAUCUUGCCUCAAUGCCGCCCGAUGAUUUUGGCAAUCGGACAACGAAUGGCCUUCGAGCUUGCUCCCAAGCGGGGAGUCGACCGUGAUUUGUUGGCCAUGUAUGAGGCCGAGGCGGUGAGGAGUGACUCCAGCUGGUACGUGGAGCGAUUGGGGCUGAGCAGAGCUGCCCAGUAUGAGAUGGAGAGCACAGCAUGCGAUGCUGUCAUGUCACAACUCAAUAGACACCUCGACGGUCUAGGCAUUGAGCCGUACUGUACAGCUCCGAUGCUGCCUGCCGCCAAGUGGGAUGAUUUCGUCAGUGUUGCCCAGGCCUUCACUGGGAAGGCAGAUGGGAGUGGCUCGGUCUUUCAGUCGAAGCUUUAA